AUGAGUCCACCUCCCAACAUGAGUCCACCUCCCAACAUGAGUCCACUUCCCAACAUGAGUCCACCUCCCAACAUGAGUCCACCUCCCAACUUGAGUCCACCUCCCAACAUGAGUCCACCUCCCAACUUGAGUUCAUCUCCCAACAUGAGUUCAUCUCCCAACAUGAGUUCACCUCCCAACAUGAGUUCAUCUCCCAACAUGAGUUCAUCUCCCAACAUGAGUCCACCUCCCAACAUGAGUCCACUUCCCAUCAUGAGUCCACCUCCCAACAUGAGUCCACCUCCCAACAUGAGUUCAUCUCCCAACUUGAGUUCAUCUCCCAACAUGAGUCCACUUCCCAUCAUGAGUCCACCUCCCAGUAUGAGUCCACCUCCCAACAUGAGUCCACCUCCCAGUAUGAGUCCACCUCCCAACAUGAGUCCACCUCCCAACUUGAGUCCACCUCCCAACAUGAGUCCACCUCCCAACUUGAGUUCACCUCCCAACAUGAGUCCACUUCCCAUCAUGAGUCCACCUCCCAACAUGAGUUCACCUCCCAACAUGAGUUCAUCUCCCAACAUGAGUCCACCUCCCAACAUGAGUUUAUCUCCCAACAUGAGUCCACCUCCUAGUAUGAGUUCACCUCCCAACAUGAGUCCAUCUCCCAACAUGAGUCCACCUCCCAACUUGAGUUCAUCUCCCAACAUGAGUUCAUCUCCCAACAUGAGUUCACCUCCCAACAUGAGUUCAUCUCCCAACAUGAGUUCAUCUCCCAACAUGAGUCCACCUCCCAACAUGAGUCCACUUCCCAACAUGAGUCCACUUCCCAUCAUGAGUCCACCUCCCAACUUGAGUUCACCUCCCAACAUGAGUCCACCUCCCAACAUGAGUUCACCUCCCAACAUGAGUCCACCUCCCAACAUGAGUCCACUUCCCAACAUGAGUCCACUUCCCAUCAUGAGUCCACCUCCCAACUUGAGUUCACCUCCCAACAUGAGUCCACCUCCCAACAUGAGUUCACCUCCCAACAUGAGUCCACCUCCCAUCAUGAGUUCAUCUCCCAGUAGGAGUCCACCUCCCAGUAUGAGUCCACUUCCCAUCAUGAGUCCACCUCCCAACAUGAGUUCAUCUCCCAACAUGAGUUCAUCUCCCAACAUGAGUCCACCUCCCAACAUGAGUUCACCUCCCAACAUGAGUUCAUCUCCCAACAUGAGUCCACCUCCCAUCAUGAGUCCACCUCCCAACAUGAGUUCAUCUCCCAACAUGAGUCCACCUCCCAACAUGAGUCCACUUCCCAACAUGAGUUCACCUCCCAACAUGAGUUCACCUCCCAACAUGAGUCCACCUCCCAACAUGAGUCCACCUCCCAACUUGAGUUCAUCUCCCAACAUGAGUCCACCUCCCAACAUGAGUUCAUCUCCCAACAUGAGUUCAUCUCCCAACUUGAGUCCACUUCCCAACAUGAGUCCACCUCCCAACAUGAGUUCAUCUCCCAACAUGAGUUCAUCUCCCAACUUGAGUCCACUUCCCAACAUGAGUUCACCUCCCAACUUGAGUUCAUCUCCCAUCAUGAGUUCAUCUCCCAGUAUGAGUCCACCUCCCAACAUGAGUCCACCUCCCAGUUCACCUCCCAGUAUGAGUCCACCUCCCAGUAUGAGUCCACCUCCCAACAUGAGUCCACCUCCCAGUUCACCUCCCAGUAUGAGUCCACCUCCCAACAUGAGUCCACUUCCCAACAUGAGUUAA